AUGAAGGCCAGUCUCACACGUCUGUUCCACCAUCACCCUAUACAACCACCCAUAUCCACCCACGUGUCAAGACAAUCAGAUAACUCCACCCAUGCCGCGUGUCAGCUCACCUUCCUCUCCAAGUCCACUGUCAGUCACUGCUAUAUGACCCCAUCUUCACCCCCAACCACCACCACCGCUACAGCCACUACGACAGCAAGCUGCAUCAUGGGCCAGGAAAACGACAGCCAAUUGAACCUCGUGGGCUUCUCCAACUUCGUUCGGUCCAAUCCCCGGUCCGACCGGUUCAAGGUCCACCGGUUCCACCACGUCGAGUUCUGGUGCACCGACGCCACCAACUCCGCCCUCCGAUUCUCGUGGGGCCUCGGCAUGCCCAUGGUAGCCAAAUCAGACCUCUCCACAGGCAAUCAAACCCACGCCUCCUACCUCCUCCGCUCCGGCGACCUCAACUUCCUCUUCACCGCCCCGUACUCCCCCACCCUGACCCGGACCGAUGAUCCGACCGGGCCCAACAACUCCACCGCCUCCAUCCCCACCUUCGACCACUCCGCCUCCCGGGACUUCUCCUCCCGCCACGGCCUCGGCGUCCGCGCAGUCGCCAUCCAAGUCGAUGACGCCGUUUCUGCCUUCACCACCAGCGUCGCCCACGGCGCCAAACCCUCCGCCCCGCCAAUCCUCCUCGACAACCGCGUCACCAUCGCCGAGGUCCAGCUCUACGGCGAUGUUGUUCUGCGCUACGUGAGCUACUCGAACUCUAGCGACGUGUCCGACUCGAACCCGGACCUCUGGUUCCUCCCCGGAUUCGAAGCCAUGACGUCGUCGUUUCCUCUCGACUUCGGGCUCCGCCGUCUGGACCACGCCGUAGGCAACGUGGAGGAUCUCAAAUCGGCGGUGUCGUACGUGAAAGGCUUCACCGGGUUUCACGAGUUCGCCGAGUUCACGGCGGAGGACGUCGGGACGAGCGAGAGCGGACUAAACUCCGUCGUUUUGGCGAACAACGAAGAGAUGGUUCUGUUUCCGAUGAACGAGCCGGUAUACGGGACGAAGAGGAAGAGUCAGAUUCAGACCUACUUGGAACACAACGAAGGCGCUGGAGUUCAGCACCUGGCUCUGGUCAGCGAAGACAUAUUCAAGACGCUGAGGGAGAUGAGGAGCCGGAGCGGCAUCGGAGGGUUCCAAUUCAUGCCGUCGCCGCCGCCGACGUAUUACAGGAACUUGAAGAAGAGGGCUGGGGACGUGUUGACGGAUGAUCAGAUCAAGGAGUGUGAGGAGUUGGGGAUUUUGGUGGACAGGGACGACCAGGGCACUCUGCUUCAGAUUUUCACAAAGCCUGUUGGAGAUAGGCCAACCAUAUUCGUAGAGAUCAUUCAGAGAGUAGGGUGCAUGCUUAAGGAUGAGGAAGGGAAGGUUCACCAGAAGGGUGGAUGUGGUGGGUUUGGGAAAGGUAACUUCUCCGAGCUCUUCAAAUCCAUCGAGGAAUACGAAAAGACUCUCGAAGCCAGACAAAUUGCAGAGCCAGCGGCUGCUUGA